GUUUGUAUGUGCCACGAGACAAAGGGGGGGAGAGAGAGGUAUAGCGGCGGCGCGUGGUGGGCGACUACGUCGGCGGCUAGACGCGAUGAGCGGGGAAGGUGAGGGAAGGCGGCGCGGCAGCGGUCCUGGCCGCCCAGACGGCAUGCGCGGGGAAGGGGAGGAAAGGCGGCGCGGCAGCGGUCGUCGCCGCGCGGGCCGCUCGCGUGGCGAGCAGCCAAAUAGGGCCGAAGGUAUGACCCCCCUAAUGUUUGCAUCACAUCAUGUGGGAAAUGAAGCCAUUGUCAAAUACCUUAUCAGCAAUCAAGCUGAUCCAAACAAAGCAGACAAUUCUGGAAUUACUCCACUCCACAUUGCGGCAAGACAAGGCUGCUAUGAAAUUGCUGAGUACUUGUUGUCAAAAGGAGCAAAUGUUGACCCCUUAUGUCAAGAUGGCCAAUCACCGCUAUUAUGUGCUGCUCUCCAGGGAAAUGAAAGAAUAGUGACACUCCUUUUGAAGCAUAACGCAGAUUAUAACAGAAUGUCAAAGAAAAUGAUAACACCGCUGCUCGCAUCCCUCCAUUGUUCUUCGUUGAGUUGCUUGGAGAUACUAAUUGAGGCUGGUGCUGAUGUGAAUGGGGCUGGCUGUUCUGUACCACCAAUAGCUCUAGCUGCUUAUAAAGGCUUACAUGGCUGCAUCCAGUGUUUGUUGAGAAACGGUGCUAAUCCCAAUGUUCCUGAUGAAGAUAAUAACAUUCCAAUCCAAUUUGCUGCGUUCAAAGGAUGGGAGAGAUGCGUGGAGAUUCUUCUCCCUUACGCGCCCCAUUUGGCACAGUAUGAAGGCCUGACCACUUCUGAAAUAGUCCAGUGGGAAAAAACUGAUCGCUUUGUCAGAAGCAGUAGGGCUAUUGAACAGGGGGAUGCUGCAUAUCGGAGGAAAGAAUAUGAUAUUGCAUUGAGAUUCUACACAGAAGCAGCUCAGGUUGGUCACCAGGAUCCAACAUUGUAUGCAAAGAGGAGUCUUUGUCAUCUAUAUCUGCGUGUUCCAGCAAAAUAUACUGAGGAAGCAAUUAACUACAUGAAUAUGGUGCAGCCAAAUUUAUCGACACUUGACCCUGAAUCUGAUGCUAAGAGAAUGGUGCUGGAUUUUGGUAGAACCUGGAAAGAAUCGGGGUUUGCUUCGACGCCGGGUUCUGGAAGUAGCCCGACUGACAAAACAACAAGUGAGGAGCAUCAGUGAAGUGGUAGCAUGCUGGGCGUCCACAGAACCUGCGUGGUGUUGAUAAGUGCUACCGUUAGGAGAUCAGACAUAUGUUAGGAAUAAAUGGUCCAGGCUUGGCAUCCUCUGUUUUUGGAGGCGAAACGUAUUGAAUUCAGUUCUCUUCAUUUCACACUUUUUCGGCUCUGUUUUCUGAGGUCGGUUUUGCAUUCGAUUAGAAACAGUCAAACAGGUGUAGCUCGAUCGGCUGCUAGAGGAUUCUGUAACCCUAGCGCUUGCAAAUAUGCGUUGGUGUGUCUGAGAUUUUAUGGCAUAUGCCAGUUAUGGUUUGUGGAUAUUCCUCUGAGCUCUGAUAUUAUAGACAGAGCAAAUACGCGUGGUGAGAUUUUCUGGCAUAUGAUGGUUAUGGUUUCUAGUAA